ACACACACUGGGGGCAAUGUUAUCGACACUGAAAGGGCACAUGAGGGCAAAAUUACAUUAAAGAAUGGAUUAAAGCUGAACAUAAGGCAUAACCCAGUGCUCUGGCUUUUCCAGAAAAAGUCUAAGAUAUCUGCCUCCCGGAAGCUGAUGCUGAAGAGCCUGAUGGUAGCCAGGGCGAAGGAGGAGCUUGACCAGGAAUUGCUGGAAAAGGAAGAGGAGAAGGAGCGGUACCUUGCAGAGAAUGUACCUCCGCCAAAAACAAGUGGCUUGUCCCUUGUCGAAUUACAGGAACUCUGUCGCGAGCUGCAUGCCAAGAUCGAUGUGGUGGAUGAAGAGAGAUAUGAUAUUGAAGCCAAAGUGCUACACAACACCAGAGAGAUCAAGGACCUGAACAUCAAGGUGCUGGACCUAAGGGGGAAGUUCAAACGACCCAACUUGAGGAGGGUGCGGGUAUCUGCCGAUGCCAUCUUGCGCUCUUUGCUAGGCUCCAAGCACAAGGUGUCCAUGGACCUAAGGGCAAACCUCAAAUCUGUGAGGAAGGAGGACACUGAGAAGGAGAGACCAGUUGAAGUCAGCGACUGGAGGAAGAAUGUAGAGGCCAUGUCUGGCAUGGAAGGCAGGAAGAAGAUGUUUGAUGCUGCCAAGGGUACUGCACAGUGAGCAGGGUGCAACAAUAUCAAGCAAGAAGACAAAAAGAGGAUGACCAACAAUAGCAAGCAAGAAGACAAAGAGAGGAUGGCCAAAUAGCCAAUUAUCCAUCCAGCUGUUGUGUAACGCCUUUAUGUCCUUCACUAUGGUCUGAUUUGUGCAACUGCCUAAUAGGGAAGGUUGAUUGAAUUAUUUCACACAUAUGCCUAACAGUUCAUUUUAUAAAAAUUAAUCCUGCUUGUAUACUACAACAUUGCCAGUUAUACAAUAUUCUGUAGCAGGGGUAUCAAACUCCAGUCCUGGGGGGCCAGAGCCCGGCACGUUUUUGGGUUUCCCCUCAUUUAACACACCUGAUUCAGCUCCUUGUGCUAAUUACCACACAGCUCUUGAGCUGAAUCAUUUGUGGUGGAACAGGGAAAAAACUAAGUUACAAGAGACUCCGGCCCCCCAAGACUGGAGUUUGACACCCCUGACUAAGAGUAUUCACAUUCUAUUAGGUAGUGUGUUUGUAUUCUACAAAGUGAAGAGAAUGCUAAGUAGUGUGUUUUCAUUAUAUUCUAGAUUUUUAACAGUCUACAAAGUGGACAUUUGACCAAAAAGUCAGAAUAUAAAAUUGACUUUUAUACUAAACAUCCAAAUUAUCUCUAUAAAUACAUAUCAAAGCAACUGAAAUGUGCAUCCUUUCAAAACAACAUUUUCAUUCAAACUUAUUGGAUGGAUAGUUUGGAAGAUGUAAGGAUGAAAAAUCCUCCCUGCCAUUAGCGUUUUUAUCAAACAAAAUAAAGAAUACGUGUUUUUUUUUUUUUGCGGCAGAUGAAUAGUAUCAAUGGGGUUACUUCACAUUUACAGAAAAGUGGUUGCUCAAUGUUUUUGACCAGAACUGUAACUGUCAGGCAAAUACAGAACAAAGGAACAUGAAUAAAGCAAAAAGAAAAAAAAAUGUUUUUCAAUCAAGUAACUGACAUCAGCUGUCACUCUUGGUUGCUGACAGACAGCCUUGAAUAAUUAUGUAAAACAAAUUAUCUUCUUUGGAUCUCUGGCCUUAUGUCAGCUGGCGGAAUCUAUAGUAGAUUUAUUUGAAAUUGUGUUUGCGUCGGUCCUGACAAAACAAUAAAGAGGGUUUCUCAUAAUCAUAAAA